UUCAGUGAGUACAGUAGCCACUUCAGUACCUCUCAAAUUCUGCGCUCUUCUGACAGCUCGUAUCAUAUGCCUGAUUUCCUCUCUCUUUCUCUCUCCCUCUCUCAUUUUUUAUGUUUCUUUACAAAGAGAGUUUAUAGACACAAAGCAGAGUAGCGAGAGAUAAAGAGCAUGGUUUCGGUAAAAGAUGUUCUCAAGUCCUCAGCUGCAACAUCCAUGGAUUUCAAGCUCAUCGUUCUCAUCUUCAUUCUUUCCUCUGCAAGCCUCUCUUUGUCUUAUGAACCUCGAAACCAUGAAGUGGAAGCUCUGAUCAGUAUCAGAAGGUCUCUGAACGAUCCCCAUGGAGUUCUGAACAACUGGGAUGAAGACUCGGUCGAUCCUUGUAGUUGGGCUAUGAUUACUUGUUCCCCAGAAAACCUCGUUAUUGGCCUGGGAGUUCCAAGCCUGAGUUUAUCAGGAACUCUGUCUGGAAGAAUUGGGAACCUCACAAAUCUUCGACAAUUGUUAUUGCAGAACAAUAACAUUUCUGGAGAAAUUCCGAUGGAACUCGGAAACCUUCCCAAGCUUCAGACGUUGGAUCUAUCCAAUAACCGGUUCUCUGGCAACAUUCCCAUGUCUCUGGGUCAACUCAGCAGUUUGCUAUACCUGAGGCUGAAUAAUAACAGCUUAUCCGGAGCAUUCCCAGUGUCCUUGGCCAAAAUCCCUCAGCUUACUUUCUUAGACUUGUCUUUUAACAACCUCAGAGGUCCUGUCCCCAAGUUUCCCACCAGAACAUUCAAUGUUGUGGGAAACCCUCUCAUGUGCGGAAGCCCCAGUGCCGAAGGCUGCUCUGGAACACCUAUUCCUAUUCCACUCUCAUUCUCCAUUGAUCCAUCCACCGGUUCAUCAAAGAGCAAAAGCAAAGCUCAGAAACUAGCUGUUGCAAUCGGGGCUAGCAUCGGUUCAAUAUCUUUUCUCGUGAUUGCACUUGCCCUCUUCAUCUGGUGGAGGAAGAACCAGAAGAGACAGACCGUACUGAACAUAAAUGACAAGCAAGAGGAAGGUCUGAUACGCCUAGGCAACCUCAGACAGUUCACAUUGAGGGAGCUCCAAUUAGCUACAGACAAUUUCAGCCCGAAAAACAUACUGGGCAAAGGAGGGUUUGGCAACGUUUACAAGGGAAGGUUGACAGAUGGGACGGUGGUGGCCGUGAAGCGGCUCAAGGACGUGAGCGGAACCGCCGGAGAGCUGCAAUUCAAGACGGAGGUCGAGAUGAUAAGCCUGGCGGUGCACCGGAACUUGCUGAGGCUGCUCGGUUACUGCGCCACCUCCAACGAGAGACUCCUCGUCUACCCUUACAUGUCAAACGGCAGUGUCGCUGCCAGGCUCAGAGGUAAGCCUGCUCUGGACUGGAACACUAGGAAGAGAAUAGCCGUUGGAGCAGCGAGGGGUCUUCUUUAUCUGCACGAGCAGUGCGACCCCAAGAUUAUUCACAGAGACGUAAAGGCUGCUAACGUGCUCCUGGACGACUACUGUGAGGCCGUGGUUGGUGAUUUUGGUCUGGCCAAGCUUCUCGACCAUGCCGACUCUCACGUGACCACCGCCGUCCGUGGAACCGUCGGCCACAUAGCGCCGGAGUACUUGUCGACGGGGCAGUCAUCGGAGAAGACCGACGUGUUCGGGUUCGGAAUUCUGUUGCUGGAACUCAUCACCGGCAUGAGAGCGCUCGAGUUCGGUAAAGCCGUUAAUCAGAAAGGAGCAAUGCUUGAUUGGGUGAAGAAGAUUCAGCAGGAGAAGAGAGUAGAGAUGCUGGUGGAUAAGGAUUUGGGGAGCAACUACGACAGAAUAGAGGUGGGGGAGAUGGUGCAGGUGGCUCUCCUCUGCACUCAAUACCUCCCUGCCCACCGGCCCAAGAUGUCCGAGGUGGUCCGAAUGCUGGAAGGUGAUGGGCUGGCCGAGAAGUGGGAGGCCUCACAAGCCCAUCACCACCAUCAUAACUCCAACAAUCAUCAUAACAGCAGUAGCAUAGCUUGUACUGCAGCUGCAGCACAUCCGAUCAUGUCAAGACAUGAUGAUGAUGACCAUGCAAGCAUGUUAGCAGCCAUCAUGGAUGAUGAUGAUGAGCAUUCUCUGGACGUCUAUGCCAUGGAGCUUUCUGGUCCAAGAUGAUUAAGCUUCUCCUAUUUUUCUUCUUUGUUUUUUGAAUUAUUUUAUAGAGGAGAGAAAAUGAGAAUCGUGAAAGAUUAUAGGGUGUAAAUAGAAAUUUUAAGUUUGGGGGGUGCGUCUUGCGCACUGCGGCGUUGUAUAGGACAUGCAGGGUGGAGAGUGGGAAAGAUGAUUCCGUGUGUCUUACCCCACCAAAGGACAGAACGUACAGAGGGGAAGAAGCUCAGCUCAGGUUUAUUUGUAUGAAACAAGGUGUUUGAAACUUGAAAGCGAAGGCCAAGAUGAUGUUAUGUGUUAGUUGAUUUUCAGUUUGAUUCUUUGACUGGUUUGACUAUUUUUAGAGAGAGAAAGAGGGAGAAAGAAUUUAGAGGGAGGACCGGAGGAGUCGUUUUCGGUCAUCCUUGAACGAAGGAUCACGUGGUUGGUAUGCUUUACGUGUCACUUUCGGAGCUUCUUUUUUGUCUGCAUUGUGUCACGCUUCUACGUGUACUUUCUGUGUGACAAUAAUGACCUUGGCUUUUGUCCGAAUUUCUUA